AUAAUACGUAGGUACCUACUAUAAUAUCACUAUAAUAUACACAUAAUAUAUCAUAUAACAUAUACUUGUGUAUACUGUUGAACACUUAUUACUUUUUUUUUUUAAUAUCAUCAUUGAUUACCUCGGUAAUCAAUAAUCGUUGUACAAAUGUGUAGCACGGCAACUGACAAGUUUCUAUCAUGAUUCACGGCAAGACAACUUGCAGAGAUGCAGGUUUAUACUCCUUGCUAUGGUACAAUUUUCUGAGAAAAAUCACAAGGUUUAUGUGUCAAAAUGGUUGACAUAACAUAUUCGAAUGUGGACGAAGAAAUGGCAUUUAUUCAGAACAAGUGUCUCAACAACAGCUAUCAAAAAGGAUGCAUAAAAGCUAACGAUGUCGUGUUACCAGUCUACUACAAAAAGUUUGAAAAAUGUAUAGAAGACAUGGACAUCAGAGACGAUGACAUUUGGGUCUGCAGCUUCAUGAAAGCAGGAACUACAUGGUGCCAGGAGAUGACGUGGUGUAUUGCAAACGAUUUGGACUUCAAUGGUGCCAAACAAAAUCUGUUCGAAAGAUUUCCUUUCUUAGAGUAAUUAUUACUAUAUAUAAGCGAUAUACCUAUCAUUAUACUCUGUCCAGCGAAAGAGCGCAAUACAGGAGGUUGAUGACUUUUGGAGAAGAUACUCUGUAAUAACCACAGCUACUUUUCAAUGGAGGGUGCUUACAUAGGGCCUUCUCGAACUACAAUUCAUCGGGGGUGUAGACCUAUCUAUUUAAAAAAAUUUUCUCGCUUAGCGUGAAACGUUUUUACUAAAAUUAUAUUAAAUACAUUACCUAUAUAAUAUAUAAAUAAGAAUUUUUUAAAAAUUUAAAUUAGUGCUUUGCCUAUGUAAAACUUUAUUAAGUUACCUCUAAUAAUAUUUUAGCAAUUAACUCAGCCGCAUACUUUACCUGUUAUAUAUAAAAGCUGUUACCCGUGGCUUCUAUAUUUUAACAGCGUUACGAGUUACGACCCUUCCGGUAACCAAGAAAAUUUUUUUUAUAUUUUAAUAUAAAAAUUAAAAUAUUAAUUGAUUUCUAUUUUUCUAGUAGAUUAAAACUACUUACAAAAUGAUUAAGGUAAGUAAAUUCCUUAGAAAGAAGAAGUAAGAAUAAGAAAGAAAAGUAUUUAUAGUAGGGUUCCAUAAUUUGAAAUGUAUUAUUUUAAAUUAAAUGUU